GGUUGGAGCGCAGCUGUCAACAUGCCUCGGUUCGUGACUCUGAGGCAGACUCACUGUAUUUACCGCGCGCGGUCCCGCUCAGCGGCGUAUUCAGUGCUAAAUAUUACAGCAGUGCUGUAAAAGGCCGAGCACCGAGUCUGACAGCAGGUACCGCGCUGGUAGCGAGUUAGCUGUCUUAGCGAGGCCAGGGCUGCGGGUUGGGAGGCUCGAGUCCAGCAGGUUCGGCUCGACUGUAAAUCAUCGGCAACAGCAUUUCCUCCGAUACUGCGGGCUUCGCCUUAUUUCGUGGUCUUUAGACUGAAGGCCAGAGCACACGGACCAAACAUUCAGCAGUUCUGUUUAUGAUGAACGGCCGGGAAAAGAACCGACCGACACGCCGGUGACCGAACCGUCCGGAUUUCCCCAGCAUGUCCGGGGGUUGUUCGUAUGUGUUUGUUUCUGCAGUUUAGGUGACUUCCUCCACCUGUAGCUUGAAUUCCUGCUGAAAAGAUGGAGCCCAAUGCAGGCAAUGGAGUGGCUGAUAGCAACGAGGGUCAGAGCGUCCUGCUCUCCAGAAUUGCCCUCAACGACAACAAGGCUGGUAUGGAAGGCCUCGACAGGGACAAAAUCAACAAGAUCAUCCUCGAGACAUCCAAGGGCUCCAGAUUCUAUGAAAAUGAGCUGAAAAAGGAGCAUCAGGUGAACCAGCGCAUUGAGAAGAUGUUGCGAUAUAAAGCUAAGGUCACAGAACAGCAGAUACAGAAAGCACAAGGGGAGGUGGAGAAGCUGACCGCGGAGCUGGAAAGGGGCCGUGAGCUGGGUCGAGUGAUGGUGCAUGUGGACAUGGAUGCAUUUUACGCUGCUGUGGAGAUGAGAGACUGUCCAGAACUGAAGGAAAAACCCAUGGCUGUGGGGUCAAUGAGUAUGCUGUCCACUUCCAAUUACCAUGCCAGGAGGUAUGGUGUUCGUGCUGCUAUGCCGGGCUUCAUUGCAAAGAAACUCUGCCCAAACUUGGUCAUCGUUCCACUCAACUUUGACAAAUACAGAGCAGUGAGUGAGCAGGUUCGAGAGAUAUUUGCAGAUUAUGAUCCUCAGUUUCUGCCGAUGAGUUUAGAUGAAGCUUAUCUGGACAUCACUGACCAUCUGGAGCAGCGGCAACACUGGCCUGAGUCUAUGAGAACAUAUCACAUCAGUGGAACGAAGACUGAAGGAGACAUAGAUAAAACAAGUACAGAGGUUGGAGCAGAGACAGAUACUCUUUCCCCUGUACUGUUUGAGGACAGCCCAAGUGCUUCGCCUACAUUCCCAGGUGUUGAUGGAAAGGUGGAGGUGUUUGGGACGAAUUCUGAAGAGGCUGUGAGAGAAAUGCGCUUCCGUAUUGAGCAAAAAACCUCUCUGACAGCAAGUGCAGGUAUUGCUCCAAACAUGAUGCUUGCGAAGGUAUGCAGCGAUAAGAACAAGCCUAACGGACAGUACAGAAUUCCUAAUGAGAGACAGGCUGUGAUGGACUUCAUCCAGGAUCUGCCUGUUCGGAAGGUGUCUGGGAUUGGUAAAGUGACUGAAAAGAUGCUGGCUGCUUUAGACAUUAUCAGUUGUGCUCAACUUGGACAGCAGAUGGCAAUCCUCUCAUUGCUCUUUUCUGAAACAUCCUGGCACCAUUUCCUCCAAAUCUCACUUGGGCUUGGAUCUACACAUAUAGAGAGAGAUGCUGAGAGAAAAAGCAUGAGCACAGAAAGGACAUUUGGGGAGAUGAGUGACUCAGAGGAGCAGUAUUCUCUGUGCCGGGAGCUCUGUCACGACUUGGCCAAGGACCUGCAGAAAGAAGGCCUUAAGGGCAAAACCAUUACCUUGAAAUUGAAGAAUGUGAACUUUGAGGUGAAGACCAAAGCGUUCACAUUGCAGUGUGCUAUCUGCACUGAAGAGGAGAUUUUUGCUGCUGCCAAGGACCUUCUGAAGGCUGAGAUUGAUAAUGUCAGCCCUCAGCCGCUGAGGCUGAGACUAAUGGGUGUUCGGGUCUCAAGUUUCAUCAGUACUGAUACCAAACGGCCCCAGCAGAAGAGCAUAGUGGGUUUUCUGAAGAUAGCAUCAGAUUCCAGCAGUUCAACACAACCACCCAGAGUUUUGUUCAGACCUGAAGAGGGCAGCGUGUCUGACUCUAGUGUCAGUUCUCUGAAGCAACAAUCUGAGACCAGAAGUCCCUCAAUUGUAGGAGAAAUACCCAGGCUUGUCAUUAAGUUGGGGAACGAAUCUGAGGGUACUAAGAGACCCCAGCAGCAGACCUUUUUCCAAAGGGCCCUUUCAAGAAGGUUGCAACAGGAGUCUGAGCAAGAAACCUCUUUGUCUUCAAAUAGACCAUUUACAGCCACCGACUCAACAGUAUCCCAUGCAUGCUCAUCAAGAACAUGUGCAGAAAUUGACAAAACGGUAGUUAAAACUGACACAAGCUUGUCUGCUACAAAUACAGCAUCACACAUAACUGAAUGCUUAAACAUGCAGACAUUAGUGAGAGCACAGUCUUCAGAUAUGCCACAGUGCUUCACCUGUCCUGUGUGCUUCAAUGAAAUGAAAACUACAGACCUCAGAGUGUUCAACCAACACAUAGACGAGUGCCUUAAGGGCAGUGCAGUGGACGAUGGGAGCAGAUUCAUGGAUGUAGGUCAGGAUGUGUGUGAAGAAGAGAAACAAUUGGACAAGUGGGAUCAUGUGGAAAAAGAUCAGCCAGUGUCUUAUGCUAAAGCUAUAGCUUCAAGUUCUGGAACCAGUAUGUCAUUGGAUAGUUUAAAUAGAAGCAUGUUAACAAUAGCAGAUGAAUGGCAUUGCACCUCAAAUGCAGUAGCAACCAAACCAGUGUUUGAAGAUGGUGCAGAUUCUGAUUUUAUGACACCGUUUUUUAAACGCUUUACAAACAUGAACAAAAGACGUUCACUUGUGCAUGAUGAAGCCAUAUCAGUGACUGAUUCUGGAUCUAAAGCCUUAAAACAGACUUUUAGUCAUGAUGCAGUUAUAAUGAAGGAUGCGAAUGUGAAAAUCUCCACUUUGACAUGUCCAGUAUGCAACCAAGCUCAGGAUACAGAUGACCUCACUCUCUUCAACCGCCAUGUGGACAUGUGCCUUAACCAGGAAAUGUUGCUGGAGUUCAGAGAAGCCGGUCCCCCAUGUGGUCAGUCAGUUACAGUAUUGCUGGGGAAAGCCAAAGAUCAUGAGAGAGCUUCUAAUACAAGAGGGAAAAGCAAAAGGAGAGGAUCAUCACCAAAUCCUCCUUCAAAGAAAUCCAAAGCCAUUAGCACAAGUCACACCAUUGACAAAUUCUUCAAGGGAAACGGCAACCGGACAUUCUAACAGGAUUUAUAUGAUACAAGUCCAUACCAAGCAGCAGAACAGUCAAUGAAGCAAUGUGUGUUAGAGAAAGACUUUGGAUCUACUGUUGAAUUUCUAUUUUUGAGUACAAGAAUUUUAGCGAAUGCACUUUUAAAAUAAUAUGGAUAUGCUACGUGGAUGUGUGUAUCUAAUUAAGACAAAAGGAAAAGGCAUUUUUGCACUGUGUAUGUAAUUGAAGCUAAACAGCCUGGUAAGAUGAUAUUUUUCUUAACAUUUUUAUUCUUAUGCUGGAAGAUAAUAUAAUAAUACUUUCUUACUAUUUUGUGUUGCUGAAAUUAUAGACAGAAAGCACUUUACAGACCUUGCACAAUAUUAUCUAAACCCUAAUGAGAAAUAAAUAUUCAAUUUAUUGGUGUUCACAGACCAGCAGCCUGGGAAAAGACGUCCUGAAUCUUGCAAGCUUUUGCUUUUGUUUUGCUUCAUUGAUUCCAUCUGGCAUUCCUCCUGUAGCAACACUUUCUCCAGCCUUUUUAUAAGCCAUAUCGUUCAGUGUAUACUGGUAAAAUAAAUAAAUAAAUAAUUUAGAAAAA